AUGGUCGCGGGGUCAGUGGAUUCGCCGCACAAAGGUGGACUCUGGUCUAGAAUCAAGGGCCACGCGACACUCGAGGUCGAAGAAAGCAGUUAUGCUCCUCCCGGCACUCCUUGGAGUAACAAGGACCUAGAUCCGGUCCCGCCAGAGCAGCAAACAUGGCAUACGUACAACUUUGUUACUUACUGGAUUUCCGACGCUUUUGCUAUUUCAAAUUGGCGCAUCGGCGCGUCACUGAUUUCAAUUGGUCUUUCUUGGAAACUAGCUCUCGUUGCUGUUGUUAUUGGCAAUUUCGUGACGGCUUUGGUGGUUACCUACAAUGGCAUCAUCGGCGCUCGCUUGCACAUCCCUUUCACUAUACAAGCACGUUCCGCAUUCGGGUUUUACUUCUCUUACGUGAUGAUCGUAUUCCGUGUCAUUGUUAGUAUCUUUUGGUAUGGAAUUGGCACAUACACUGGAGCAGAGUGCAUUCGGUCUAUCAUAUAUGCUUGGGUACCGAACUUCCGGAAUAUUCCUAAUCAUUUGCCUGAAUCAGCGAACAUCGACACUGGCUUUAUGAUAUGCUAUUUCAUAUACUUUAUUCUGGUGUUGCCCUUUCACUCUAUUCCAGCUCACCAGCUCCAUUGGUUCUUCACCUUCAAAGCUAUUGUAACACCAAUUGCUGGCUUUGCGAUCCUAGGAUGGGUGAUCCAUAGCACAGGUGGCGGGGACCAGGUCUUCACUUAUGGAAAUUCCUAUUCUGGAUCGUCACUUGGGUGGGCAUUCAUGUCCGGUGUCAACGCUAUGAUCGGCAAUUUCGCAACGCUGGGUGUCAACAUGAACGACUUCGCAAGAUACUCGAAGAAGCCCAAUAGUCCAUAUGUCCAGUUGAUUAUCAUUCCGGUCGCCUUCAUCCUCAUGAUGCUCUUUGGUAUCAUUGGCGCUAAUGGAACCCGUCUGAUGUAUGGCGAGGUGCUUUGGGAUCCUAUGCUGAUUAUUGACAAAUGGACUUCGCCUGGUGGGCGAGCUGCAGCGUUUUUCAUCGCGCUUGCUUUCCUGAUCGCUAGCAUUGGCAUCAAUAUUUCUGCCAACAGUAUAUCUGUGGCCGUGGAUCUGUCCACACUGUUCCCCAGGUACCUAAAUCUUCGAAGAGCGCAAUACGUAUGCGCAUUCCUUGGAGGGUGGGCUAUGUGUCCAUGGGAGAUUUUGGCCUCUGCUGAGUCCCUGCUAACGUUCAUGGAUGGUUACUCAAUCUGGUUGGCCCCCAUGGCUGGCAUCUUGAUCUCUGAUUACUGGAUUGUUAACAAACAGAGGGCAGAUGUCCUGGAAAUGUACCAGCCCCACGGCAUCUACUCCUACGAGAAGUGGGGGACGAAUUGGCGAGCAGUUGUUGCUUUUGUUGUAGGCUUCACGCCGUUGCUGCCGGGUUUUGCAAAAGCUGUUACAUCUACGCUCAACGUCUCUGCAGGCGCCUCGAAUCUCUAUGCACUAGGAUAUUUCUAUGCGUUCCUGAGUAGUUCUGCUUUGUACAUUGCGUUCAGCAGAAUCUGGCCACCAAGAAGCCAGUACACGGGGAGGACGAUUGCAGAACACCUAGGGGCAGAGCCAUCGCACGUCUGA